UCGGAGAUUAAAUUUGACGUUCUGAGGAUGCUGAUUCCAGUAAGCGUGCUCGCUCCAUUUUUUUUUUUUUUUAAACGAAGUUAUGAAAAUGUGUGUUGCCCACAUGCAGGGAUACGUCAGUGCAGCGGCCAUAUUGAAUGUGUCAUUUAUCGCCCGUAAACACCUGACAAUUCGGCCACUCUCUCCUCAGAGGGGCAGGAAUGCGGGUCGAGUGGCCUAAAAGAUUUAGGGCGUCAGAUUGCAUUCCGAACCCAUUCCAGAGUAGACUGUGAUAUUCUGAAAAACGUUUGGUGCCGGAGAAAAGAAGGGUGCUUUUCGGUCCGAGCGGACUUCCGUCCGUACGCCGGCUUCUUCCUGAAGCAAGAUGGCGGCGCGAGUCCUUCGCACGGCGCCACAAUGGCUGGCGGGUGUCAAACUAUCGCAACAAUGUGCGGUCUCCAGCGGGCAGCUUGGGGUUUUUGUCAGGAGGAGCUUGUCGGGGUUCCAGGACAGCUGGUUCAAGUCUCUGUUCGUCAGGAAGGUGGACCCGCGCAAGGACGCCCACUCUCACCUGCUGGCCAAGAAGGAAGACAACAAUCUGUACAAGAUCCAGUUUCACAACGUGAAGCCCGAGUGUUUGGAUGACUACAACCAACUUUGUGAGGGCGUGUUGCCUUCCAUUCACGCCGACCUGGAAUACCCGUGUGAGCUUGUGGGAACCUGGAAUACAUGGUACGGAGAACAGGACCAGGCAGUCCACUUAUGGAGAUAUCGCGGUGGUUACCCGGCCCUGACGGAGGUCAUGAGCAAGCUCAGGCAGAAUAAGAUGUUUUGCGAGUACAGGCAGGAGCGCGGGAAGAUGCUGUUGUCGCGCCGGAAUCAGCUGCUGCUGGAGUUCAGCUUCUGGAAUGAGCCUGCCCCCCGCACGGGGCCAAACAUUUACGAGCUGCGAUCGUACCAGCUCAGGCCCGGCACCAUGAUCGAGUGGGGCAACUACUGGGCGCGCGCGAUCGAGAUUCGCCAGCAGAACCAGGAAGCCGUCGGAGGAUUCUUCUCACAAAUCGGAAGUUUGUACCAAGUUCACCACUUAUGGGCCUACAAAGAUCUUCAGUCGAGAGAAAAUAUCCGAAACGCGGCUUGGCAGCGAGAAGGCUGGGAUGAGGUCGUUUACUACACAGUGCCGCUGAUUCAGCACAUGGAAUCUCGAGUCAUGAUUCCCUUGAAGAGUUCGCCCUUAAAGUAAGAAGCGCGCGACCCACCCACGGCGCCAGGAGGACCUUCCGCUUGAAUUUGCUUCGAUCGUGAGAUUAUGACCUGAGCAUCUUCAUCAUCUUCACGGCGGUCUCCUAACCUGAGGAAGACCUCAGCUGAAUCCCCAAGAACUUUUUUUUUUCACCGAUUCACCUUGAUUGAUUUUUGUAGCGACUCGUCAGAAAUCGGAGAACGAUAAGUUUGCAAGUCCCCCGUUUGGUUUUUAUGGUGACGCUCUCGGUUUUUCUGUUCAACACGUUGACGCUUCCAAAAAGUUCAAUGUUGUUUCUUUUCUGGCAAUGAUUCGAGCCGGUCUGUUUGCGUUCUCGGUGACUUAAAUGAGCUGCUAAUGGGGUGGCGGGGCUGUUAGCGUUUCCUGACUGGCGGUAAAUAUUGACGGCAUCUGCGCUUGAAUCACGUUGUUGUACAUAAUGACAAUAAACUUUUAAUGAGGAGA